GCAAGGACUUCUUCCGAUUUACAAUGUCCAUCGAGGGUAUGCCGAUCACUGUCACGUCAGGCCUCGAAUUAGAUGGAGGUGGAGAGACGGAAGGAGCUUUGGUUUUUGCAACGACGCAGUAUUUCGACAUGAACACGGUGCCUUCUGGGGAUAGUUUGGUACGCCCACUCGGUUUCGCGCAGAUCCAGGAGAUGAGUUCUGCCCUCCUUAGUGGCGCGACCAUGAUCGAGGCUGCGACGGAAGAGGCUCCAGACACAGUCCUUGACAUCUCUCUCCGCACGAAGCUGAGUAGCAGUGACGCAUCGACUUCGCCUGAGUUGAUCUUCGUCUUGAAAGGUGGCACAGGAGGAGUACCUGCGGCCCAGAUUUUCCAGGUGCAUCAGUCGGUCAGCAGUGGGUUCGUGCAUGGAGCACGUGUUGCGAGUUCUGUGACACCGACGUCGACAGCUGCAUCUGUGGCAGCUACUACAAGUGCGAAGCCGGAAACUACGUCUUCAACCGAAGAGCCUACUUCAACUGAGGAACCUGACGAAUCUUCCAGCAGUAGUGCCCCUGCAUCUUCCGGAGGUGCCAUUGUCGGCGUCUCUUUCUCCGUAGGUUUCAGUUACAACAGUGCAGCUGCCGGACAAACAGCCUCUCAAGCAGCUCAAUCUGCAACAUUCAAAAACGUUGUUGUGAACUCGGUUGUGCAGACCUACAACUCUGCUGGUGUGCCGAUAACUGCUAGCAAUGUUAACAACGUGGUGACGAGUUACACGAGUAGUGGAGGGUCGUUUUUCGUUUUGACGAAGAAGCACCAUCGCGAUCAUAAGAGCACCAUUUCUAAGGAAGCAAAACUUCUAGUACAUCAAAAGAAGAAACACAAACACAAGAAACUACAACAAGAACUUCUAGCACAUCAUGAACAAGCUGAACAUGAACAAGCUGAACAAGAACUUCUAGCACAUACCCAAGCUGAUGAAGAAGGUACAGUGUCCGUCGAUCUGGCUGAUACCCAAGCUGAUGAAGAAGGUACAGUGUCCGUCGAUCUGGCUGAUACCCAAGCUGAUGAAGAAGGUACAGUGUCCGUCGAUCUGGAUGUGUCUGUCCCAGCAGCGAGUGGAGGAACGACUUAUAGUGCAGUGAGUGUGAGCAGCGCUUUGGACCCAACUGCUUUGGGGAAUACGGUGCAGAGCAACGCCGAAAGCAGCGACCGGAAUAUGGACGUGAAGCAGG